AUGCCUGAACAAAUUAAAGAGUUAAUUGAUAAAAAUCAUAAAUGGGCAGAGGCUAAGAAAGCUAAAGAUCCUGAUUAUUUUAAAAAUAUUGCGAAAAAACCUCAGAAACCAAAAUUUAUUUGGAUAGGUUGCUCCGACAGCAGAUUGCCACCCGAAAUAAUAACUCAAUCGAAUCUUGGAGAAAUUUUUGUUAUUCGAAAUAUCGCUAAUCAAUUUCAUACCACUGACUUAAGUGUAUUGUCAAUAUUUGAAUAUGCAAUAAACCAUCUUCACGUCAAACAAAUAGUUGUUUGUGGCCAUUACAUGUGUGGUGGUGUUAAAGCGUCAAUUACGAACAAUGAUGAUAGUGUCGUUGACCAUUGGCUGCAAGAUCUUAAUGAGAUUUACUUGUCUAAUAAAUUCCAACUUGAUGAUAAACCAUCAAAAGAACGUGAGAAUCUUUUAUCUGAACUUAACGUCAAAAAACAAGUUCGCAAUAUUGCUGCUACAAAUAUUGUCAAAAAAGCUUGGGAUAAUGGUGUUAACAUCGUUAUACAUGGAUUGAUUUACGAUCUAGAAACGGGAUUAAUUAAAGACCUUAACACUUUUGUUAGGUCAUGUCCAAUGUCCAAACGUCCACAUGUCCAAGAAUGUCCACAGCAUAUUCAAGCUUCAAAAACUUAA